UGCCCCGAGCCUUGUUCUGCUGGCGACUGGGAAGCCUGGAGACCGCAGCCAGAACUUUCUGCUGAUGGAGGACCCCGAAAAGAAACUGAAUCAGAAGAGCGACAAACCCAGAAAAGUACGAUUUAAAAUCUCCUCUUCCUACAGCGGCCGAGUGUUGAAGCAGGUGUUCGAGGAUGGGCAGGAAUUAGAGUCACCCAAAGAGGAAUACCCUCACAGUUUUCUCCAGGAGGCCCUUGAACCAAUGGAUGGGGUUUAUGGGUCAGGGGAAGCCCCCAAGCCCCGGCUGUACUCCCCUAAGCUGACUGCUCAGAGGAUCAGCGUGUUCAGGGAUGGCAGUGCCUACGCUCUGGCGGGGAGCCAGCCUCUGUUCAAUAACUACAAGGCGAAUGACCAUAAGCCUCCACCUAUUAUAGACUUUGGGAAGAUAAUCAUCUAUACAAACAACUUGAAAAUCAUCCGAACCCCGAUGGACAAAAAGGACUUCAUGAGGAAAAUCCUCCAGAAGGAAGAGGUUGCUGAGGAAGAGGCUCUGAUGAGCACAGGAGAAAAUGAUGGAGACAGGGAGCAAAAUGACAGUCCCCUGCUGGAGACCGAAGGCACAUUUCUCCAUAAUCAGCACACACAGGAUGGGUUGGUCCCUGAGGACAACUGUCUCCACUGCCAGGGGUCCGGCAUUGCCACCUGUUCUCUGUGCCAUGGCAGCAAGUUCUCAAUGCUGGCUAACAGGUUCAAGGAGUCCUAUCGAGCCCUCAGGUGCCCUGCCUGCAACGAGAAUGGCCUGCAGCCUUGCCGAAUUUGCAGCCCGUAGUCUGUAGCCCUGGUUUUCACAUCUGCUACAUUGUACUCUCACAUGCUACUCCUAAUAAAUCAUCCCUCUUCCUCCUACUUCUCUCAGAAAGGGAGCUACUGCAGCUGCAGUCGCCCCUACCACUGGCAAAUCUCAAAUCAUUUGAUGGCAUUUUGUGGAGCCGGUAACAUCUCUACAUGGGUCUAAGUAACAGGGGCACUUUUGAAUUAGAAUCUGCUUUGGAACUGGAUCUAAAAUUAUCCUUCCAGGAACACGUGCAUGCCUCUCACUUGACUUAGCUCAGUCUUCCCCCUGCACCAGUGAACAAAUAAAUAAAUGUACCCUUCAGGCAGCAGG